AUGAACCCAAGACAAGUUUUUGUGUCUGUACUGAUGUUUGGAGUAGCUGGUCUACUCCUCUUCAUGUAUCUACAGGCUUGGAUUGAAGAACAACAUACAGGUUAUUGGUAUAAACUAGGCAUAAUUCUUGAUAAUGCAACAUCUGUGAAAUAA